UGCAUAUUAAGAUUCACGUCAACCUAUAAAGGGGAUGAAACUACUCCUGCAGGUAGAAAUUUGGAAAACUGAGAUAACUUUCCAUUACACACCUGGUCCCCAAGCACACACACACACACACACACACAGUUAAUAAUAGUAAAAUACAUAUGGCAAUAAAAAGUUACUAAAGUGGCAGCAAGAAUAAUCCCACAAAACUGCAAAAUAAAUCCUAUUUAAUUAGAAAAUCAAGACUUAAUGGGAUCUAAACAAAAUUAAAAUGAUACUACUGAUGCAUACUAUUCUGUUAAUGGUCCAUUCAUGCAGGUAGAAAUUUGGAAAACUGAGAUAACUUUCCAUUACACACCUGGUCCCCAAGCACACACACACACACACACACACACACACACACCUGGUCAGUUCCCAGCCCUGCAUACAAAGAGUAGAGAAAUGUUGCUUAUAGCAGCUGCAGCACAAACUCACACACACACCUUCACAGCAGCUAUUAUACUACACACACACACACACACACGCCCGCUCAGUCUCAGGUGUUGAAUAAUGUAUCAGCCUGAUCACAUGGUGUCAGGUCUGAAUGAUUCACACUGCCGUCCUCUCUCGUCACCAUUUCCUGCAGGUCUGCAGAAGACGUGGACUCAACCAGACGCCUCCCUCACUUCCUCGGGAAAACACACAGCGAGUGAGUGUAUUACCUGUCUGCUCAGAGUCUUUGCCAUCCGUUUGGAUCUGAGGCUCUUGAAGAACAAACCUAACAAAGAAGAAAGAGGAGGAGACUCAUGAUGAGUGUGAAAGAAUGAUAGAGGGAGUGAGAGAGAAAAGGUAGAAGGAGUCUCAAACACACACACGUAAACAGGUAAUAAACAGGUGCGGUGAUGGCGGCGUGGCUGGGCCGGGUGUCUUUGGGCGACGCCUGGUACAACAUGUAUUCUCGCCUGCUGCGAACCAAACCUGUGGGCUCCAUGGCUCAGAGCUCUGACGACCUCACCGAGCUCGGGGAAGGGUCUGCAGCCGGGCUCGCCAAGGUCCUGACCACCGUGGACCUGGUGUCGCUCGGGGUGGGCAGCUGCGUCGGCACGGGGAUGUAUGUGGUCGCCGGGCUGGUUGCUAAGGCGAUGGCUGGGCCUGGAGUCAUCCUGUCAUUUAUUAUUGCAGCGUUGGCGUCUAUACUGUCAGGUGUAUGCUACGCAGAGUUUGGCGUCCGCGUCCCCAAGACAACCGGCUCUGCCUACACCUACAGCUACGUGACGGUCGGGGAGUUUGUGGCAUUUUUCAUUGGCUGGAACUUGAUCCUGGAGUAUCUGAUUGGCACAGCGGCGGGGGCGUCAGCUCUCAGCAGCAUGUUCGACUCUCUGGCCAAUCACAGCAUCAGUAACUACAUGAUAACACACCUGGGUACACUCAGAGGACUCGGUAAGGGUGAGGACACGUACCCUGACCUGCUGGCCCUGUUUAUCGCCCUGCUGGUCACAGUGAUCAUUGCUCUCGGUGUGCGUAACUCAGUGGGCUUCAACAACGUCCUCAAUGUAGUCAACCUGGUGGUCUGGGUCUUCAUGAUCAUCGCCGGACUCUUCUUCCUCUCCGCCAGCAACUGGGAGAGCGGCAAUUUCCUGCCCUACGGCUGGUCAGGGGUGAUGCAAGGUGCAGCGACUUGCUUCUACGCCUUCAUUGGCUUCGACAUCAUUGCAACGACAGGAGAGGAGGCGAAAAACCCAAACACCUCUAUCCCGUACGCCAUCACCGCCUCACUGGUCACCUGCCUCACUGCCUACGUGUCGGUGAGUGUGAUCCUGACUCUCAUGGUUCCCUACAACCUCAUUGAUGGCUCGGCUCCUCUCAUGGAGAUGUUUGCAGUGCACGGCUUCCUGUGGGGGAAAUACACCGUGGCUGUGGGCUCCAUAGCCGGACUCACCGUCUCUCUGUUGGGCUCGUUGUUCCCCAUGCCCAGAGUCAUCUACGCCAUGGCCCGGGACGGACUGCUGUUCAGGUUCUUGUCCCAUGUGUCUGCCUUCACACACACUCCCACGGUGGCGUGUGUGGUGUCAGGGAGCUUUGCGGCCCUCCUCGCUCUGCUGGUGAGCCUCAGGGACCUGAUCGAGAUGAUGUCCAUCGGCACCCUGCUGGCCUACACGCUGGUCAGUGUCUGUAUUCUCUUACUGCGCUACCAGCCCGACGAACAGACCGACACACACCAGUUUGACUCCGGGGAGGACGUCGCCGACCUUAAGAACCUGGACAAUGGGGCUGUCCCCACCAAAGACGACCAGAUGCUGAUCGGAGGCUCAGACGGCGAUGGAUCGUCGUCCUACCACGCUGGCGGGACUGAAGGAGAAGGUGACGACUCUGAUUUCCACACAGGCCAUGCCUCAUUGCUGAAACGGCUUCUGGGAGGUCAUUACUACACCCUGCAGCUGCGGCUGGGAAUGCCCGAUGCAUCGGCCCGGCCCACCCCCGCCACCGGCCGCAUGGUGACCCGAUGCACCCUCCUCCUCUUCCUCAUGUCCUUCCUCUUCUGGUCCACCGUUAUAUUUGGCGUUGAAGAGGGAACAGGUGCCGGGGCGGUGUUUUCAGGCCUCAUGGCUACGCUGAUGGCGGGAUCAUUGGCGAAACUUUUAAUUCUGAUUAUACAGCAGCCAAUGAGUGGGAGGAAACUGCCCUACAUGGCGCCCUGUGUGCCCUUUGUCCCUGCGGCGGCCAUAUUGGUCAACAGCUACCUCAUGCUUAAACUGUCUCCACUCACCUGGGCCAGGUUCACAAUCUGGUGCAUCAUAGGUUUGUUGAUCUACGGUUGUUAUGGAGUGUGGCACAGCACGCUGGAGCUGAACGCCCGGGAGCAGCAGGCACACGCCAGCUCCUACCAGCGCUACGAUGACCACCUCGACGACACCUUCUCCCCCGACGACAACAUUCACCCGCAGGAACAGGACGAGAGGCCCUACCAGGGCUGGUCUGCCCCGGAGGAGAGGGGACACGACUACCAGCAGCAUAACCAGUACCAGCAGGAGAGCCAGUAUGACGACCAAGAUGGAGAGCAGCAUCAGAGCCAGUAUGAGGAUAAUGGUGAACAGCAUGGAUACCAGUCUGGACCAGGAGGCCAGUACACGAGCAGAGGCAGCAGGUCCAGGGGAAGGACCAAUCAUGGCUUUGAUGUGGGUGAAGAAGAGGACUGAUUCGAGGACGUUUUCUGUUCCUCCAAACUGAAAAGAUCUGAAAUUAUGACAGAAUGAAGAAAACUUUAAAAGUGCCUUCUACAUGAGACACUAAAUCAAAUCAUCUCCAAGACAAGCAAACUCAUAUCACAACAUUUUAUUUUAAUAUUUACCAGUGAGCCCCUGCCUUUGUCUGCUCGGUGUUAAAACCUGGUAUGGAUAUCAUUAGCGGAGGUAGGGGAGUGGAUACGACGGACAUCACAGAUGUUUCACUGAAUAAGGGCCGCAGCAGCUGCAGAAGCUUCAGUGAAUCUGGUGGUAAAGCUGGUGUCUGUACGCACCUUUUUUCACACAUCAACAACCCAACGGUAACAGUGAGUCUGCGCCAACAGCUGUGCUGCGUCCUGCUUCUUACCUUCAGCCUCAAUUCGCAUGUUCGUGUGAGACACAGUGGUGUUACAAUACAAAACUUCCCUCUGGAAAAUGGAACAUUUAGAGCUUCUUCUGUUCCUCCAAAUUUUUAAACACCACACUUUGAAUCAAGGGCUACCCAUAAAAGGCUGCGUUCAGUCCGACAUAAUCCCUGUCCUCUGUUUACCUCACAAUUAUUGCAACAACAGAUAUAAUAUAACUUUCGUCUUUUACUACAAACCUCUGUGUGGUGUUUUGGCAUCCGAUAAGCCUUUAAAUUCACAGAUCUUUUACUCAAACUGGACUUCCUGGAUCUUAUUUCAUCGUCUCACAAUGCAGCCACCUUGCGUUGUUUUAAUGCAGGGUUGUUCUAGAUCUGAAUGUCCACUUAUGGACGGAUUAUAAGUCAAUGAUCCUCUGGGCACAGAUGCGUAAAAAGCCUAAUUAUGCACCGUGCAGUUCUAUUAUGAAGGAGAAAUGUGAUUAAACAAACUACUGGAUCGAACUCGGUAUCUUUAUUCAACUCAGUAUGAAAGUUAUUUGGUUCUGCCCACUGAGGUUUAUCUUAACCAAUCAGACAACUUCUGUCACCAGAAUAAAAAUGUUAAGUUUAAACUCAAAUUUUCUCCAUUGACCUUCAGUCUCAAGAACAAACCUGUGGAAUAACUGACCCAGCUCACAUGUUAGAUGAUUUCAAUACAAAAAUGUCUUCUCUACUUACUGUGACUGUUUCCUGUGAUCUCUGAAUGUCUUUCUUGUGGCUUUCUGAAGCCCUGAAACUUACUUUUGUUUUGCUUGUUUGAGUGAAUGGUGUUUCCAGUGAAAGAGUGUUUGCUAUAUUUAGUGUCUGCAGCAAUAAAUUGUGUUAAUGUGUGUAAAUGAGAAUGGGCGUUGUAUUUUUCUGUGUUGCAGGAAUAAAUUUCUCUUUUUGAGUGAAAUUA